AUGCCCGAUGCAGUAAUGAGCUUCCCUCCUCCGCUCAGCCUCCUGUUGAUCUCGUUAGCUCUGAUUCUGGCAUACACUAUCCCAACGAUGCCCUCCAAAUCCCACCCCCCAAUCCACCCCCCAAUCCUCCCCCCAAUCCCCUACCUCAUCUUCGGCAUCAUCGAGCCUAUCUCCCUAAUCGCCGGAACCAUCUACCCCCACCUCCUCCCGGCGGACUUCAUCACGUCGCAAAUCCCCUCCAACCCCACGGCAACCAUCACGCCCAGCGCCCUCUCGCUCGCGUACCAGGUCUCCAACCUGUACGCGCUGCUGGCGCUGCUCGGCCUCGCGGUCCUGCAUUCGACCACGGAGCCCCGCGUCGUGCGCAACUAUCUGCUGGCGCUGGCGGUGGCCGAUCUGGGCCAUGUGUGGGCUGUCGGGCGGGGGAUGGGCUUGCAGCGGUUCGUGGAUGUGGCGGGGUGGAAUGCCUUGACGUGGGGGAAUGUCGGUGUGACGAUGGCGUUGUUUGGGGGGAGGGUGGUCGUGUUGUUGGGGGGGUGGGGGGGAUGUUCAGUGGAGAAGGGGAAGAAGGAGUAA